AUGUCCUACAACCAGCGAAUGGGUAAAAUUCAAGAACAAAGGUGGAAGGAGAAGCCAUCUUCCAGUCAACCCUUUCCAUCUAUGGAGGGUGUGACGACAUCAGCUGCUGGAGAUCUCACCAACAGACUAAGUAAAUUGAGCGUUGUUGAAAGCAGUGGGCAAUCCCAUCUUUCAGUCCCACCUAUGCAGUUUGGAAAUAUUGGACUGGGAAACCACAAGGCUGUGCAAGGUCAGAAAGCCAUCGGGAAACCCAACUCAUACAUCACAAUAAGUGGAGCCGCAACGGUAGGAGUUGAUAAAGCAUCCGUUGAUCAAAUGGCCGUCAAUAUUCAGGGAAAUCGAGCUCAAAAAGCAUCACCUGAGAAAGCCAGCACUGCUUUGAGCAAGUUGUUUGGGGGUAAUUUAUUGGAUAAUUUCACUGUGGACAACUCUACCUACUCACUUGGCCAUAUAAGAGCUACCUUUUAUCCCAAAUUUGAAAAUGAAAAAUCUGACCAAGAGAUUAGGACAAGGAUGAUAGAGAUGGUAUCCAAAGGCCUCGCUACAUUGGAGGUCUCGCUGAAACACUCUGGAUCUCUUUUCAUGUAUGCUGGUCAAGAGGGUGGAGCGUAUGCCAAAAACAGUUACGGAAAUAUUUACACUGCCGUUGGUGUUUUUGUCCUCGGACGGAUGUUUCAUGAGGCAUGGGGCACUAAAGCCAGCAAAAAGCAGGCAGAGUUCAAUGACUUUCUUGAGCGGACCCGUAUGUGCAUAUCAAUGGAACUGGUGACUGCUGUUUUGGGAGACCAUGGACAACGUCCCCGAGAAGAUUAUGUGGUAGUGACCGCAGUCACAGAAUUGGGCUAUGGAAAACCAAAGUUCUACUCGACACCAGACGUAAUUGCAUUUUGUAGGAAAUGGCGGCUACCAACAAACCAUGUGUGGUUGUUGUCGACAAGGAAAUCAGUGACAUCAUUUUUUGCUGCCUAUGAUGCACUCUGCGAGGAAGGAACAGCAACAUCUGUUUGUAAGGCUCUUGAUGAAGUUGCAGAUAUAUCUAUACCAGGAUCUAAAGACCAUAUAAAGGCGCAGGGUGAAAUCUUGGAGGGUCUUGUGGCUCGCAUUGUAAGUCAUGAGAGCUCAAAACACAUGGAGCAGGUUUUGAUGGAUUUUCCUCCGCCUCCAUUAGAGGGUGACCUAGAUUUGGGACCUAGCCUCCGGGAAAUAUGUGCUGCAAAUAGGUCGGAUGAAAAGCAGCAAAUAAAGGCACUUCUUCAAAGUGUUGGCACCUCUUUUUGCCCUGAUUAUACGGACUGGUUUGCGAAAGAAGGCAUUGAUGUACAUUCAAGAAAUGCCGAUCGAUCUGUUCUUUCAAAGUUUUUACAAACGCAUCCUGCUGAUUUUUCCACCACUAAAUUGCAGGAAAUGGUGCGUUUGAUGAGAGAAAAGCGAUAUCCUGCUGCUUUCAAGUGUUACUACAAUUUUCACAAAAUCGACUCUGUAUCUAGUGAUAACCUUCAUUUCAGAAUGGUGAUCCAUGUUCACAGUGAUUCAGCCUUUCGGAGAUACCAGAAAGAGAUGAGGUAUAAGCCAGGAUUGUGGCCACUAUAUCGAGGUUUCUUUGUUGACUUAAAUUUAUUCAAGGCAAAUAGUGAAAGAGCCAAAGAUAUUGCAAAAACCAACAAUAAUUUAGUAAAAGAUGUCAACGAUAGCAAUGGUACAUCAGGAAAAGAGGGUUUAGCUGAUGAAGAUGCUAAUUUGAUGAUCAAGUUGAAAUUUCUUACGUAUAAGCAUUCAGCAUAA